CAUUUAUUUUGAAAUGUGUGACCGGAAGCUGUCAGGUUACCUGAGCUCAGGUGUUGUCGUCGCGGUUAAAUCUUUACCUGUGUGAAAUGAUUGUUGUUUUAACUGAUGACAGCCAUGGCGGAACUGGCGGGAAACACUGCUCUCCACGGCGCUGCGGAACCGGAGAAGCCCGAGGCCGUUGCAGACGAAACUUCUCUCAUAGAAGCUUUUGAACUCACUUUGGACAUUUCACAGGAUGUUGAACUGCCAGAAUGUGCAGCCUCAGAGGAGACAGACAGCAGAGAGCAGCAGGAGGACGGACAGCAGGACGACAGACAGCAGGAGGACGGACAGACGUCUCCACCUGUACCUGAAUCCGGGUCAAAGUGGGUGGUGGGUGCUCAGUGUCGGGCGGUGUGGUCGGAGGACGGGCGGGCGUACCCGGCGACGGUGGCGUCUCUGGACGGAGAGCGCUGCAGAGUCCGUUUCGACGGCUACGGCAACGAGGAGGACGUGGAACUGAGCGCGCUCCGAAGUCCAGAUGCUAGUCUGCAAACACAGAGACAGAACUCCCAGGACUGGAAACCUGGUUCUCGGUGUCGGGCCGUGUACUCGGAGGACGGUCUGGUUUAUCCGGCUGUCGUUCUGUGGGUCAAAGGUCAGCGCUGCGGCGUUCGCUUCGACAACUACAACAACGAGGAGGAGCAGGACGUCGGCAGCCUGCUGAACCCCGACGAGCUCCGCGGACCCAGCAGAGCCGCUGCAGCCAAGGGCAGCAGCCGGACGUCCAGUGUAACCAGCAGUGAGGAGAACCAGCGGGAGAGAGGAGCGGCGAGGAGGUCGGCGUGGAGAGAUGAUGAGCACAACUCCUCCUGGCAGGUUAAAGAGAAACCCAGUAAAGUGGAGAAAGAAGAGAAGAAGAGAGGAAACCAGCGGAGAGACGGAGCAGAGAAACCGACCGAUCACAGCUUUUCAUUCUUCCCUCCGUUUCCUCCUCCUCCUGAGUCGGGCUCAGGGGGCCCUGUGUCCUUCAUCCCUCCUCCUCCUCCUCCUCCUCCUCUCUGGACGUUUGGUGGGAAAGAGUCCGGCAGCUCUCCGGCCAUCAACGCCACCUCCAGCAUGUUGAUGCUCUGGUACAUGUGUGGCUUCCACACCGGCAGCUUCAUGGCUCAGCAGGAGUUCAGGUCCAAAGACUGAGGUGCAUUGUGGGAAAUGAAGGAUCCAGUGGACUGAAAGUCAGCAUACGUCUCUACCUGUGCUGCUCAGACUGACUAAACACCACAGUAUCAGUACAUUCAUUCACUUAAUGUGGGAAUUCAACUUGGAAACAGCCGAUUUACUCCGAGUCUCCUUCACAUCAGCAGGUGAUCAGAAACGCUUUUCUAAACGCCAGCGUCGCUCCUCCUCGUGUCUGGCGGCAGCCGCUCCGUCACGACAGAUUUCGUUAUUUAAAAGGAAAAACAAAGGCCACAUCUGACCGAUAAGUGUGACUUCGAGUGUCUGUGAGCAGGAAAUCUGAAAACUGAGCGUCCUCCUCCAUAUUUAUUUUAGUUUCUUUUCUCUUUUGCUUUCUGCUUCAGAGCCAGAGAGGAUUAUGGGACGAGCUGGGACGAUCCUCUUUUCUUUUUCACAGUGCACUUUUACAUUUGUUUGAAUAUUUUUAAGAUAAUUUAGUUUGUUGUUAUUUCGAAGGGUCCAGCAUUUGGAAACAGUUCUGUUUCGUUUAGUUUGUGUUCAGCGAUGUUUGUUCGUGUGUUUUAAAUGUUUCUGUUAUUAAAAAGAAAGGUGGAUAACUUCAA